UUUGCAGAGCGCAGUUGUUCCCCAUCCAGUCCGGUGCAGUGUUUGCAAAUACCGUGAACGCAGGCGAGAGCAGAAGAAGCGAGGGGGGGGACUGACGGACGGACGCUCGUCUCUUGCUGCUGUGUCGCUGCUGAAAACAAGCGCCUCUUCGUUUGCAUCGCAGGGGAUCGCUCUUAUUCCUUUCACUGGGUGUUUUUCUACCUGAGAAAAAAUAUUUAAGAACUAAAUAGGCUUUUUUAAAAAAAAAAAAAAAAAAAAAAAAAAAAGCUCGGGAAAAAUGGAUGUUCUACCCAUGUGCAGCAUCUUUCAAGAACUUCAAAUAGUUCACGACACGGGCUAUUUCUCAGCCUUACCGUCACUGGAGGAGUAUUGGCAGCAGACAUGUUUGGAGUUGGAGCGCUACCUGCAGAGCGAGCCUUACGUCUCCACAUCCGACCUCAAGUUCGACGGCCAGGAAGACCUCUGGAGCAAGCUGAUCUUGGCCUGCGGGGAUAAGGCCAAGGCCGAAUCUGACCCAAAGCUGGCCCCGGCCCACGAGGAGGACAAUCAGGACAGCCAAAUCUUGGACACCAACAGUGUGAAUUCAGACGCCAGCAGCGAGGCUUCAGACAGUUCUGAGGAGCUCUCGCCCACGCACAGCUUUACCUCCAACCCUCUGGGCUCUGUCUUGGUUGGCUCUGGACCUUUUAGCCCCUCCGUCAUUAGCACUCCCCCGUCCUCACCGGAGGCCAACUCGGAGCCCGGCGCCGUGACAAACGGCUGGGUCGCCACGCACACCGAGUUGCACUUGCCAGUCAAAAUUAGGAGCGGCGGGGUGGCAAAGACUUCGGAAAAGACGGGAAUCAUCUGCGGGGACGCGUCUCCAGACGGCAGGAGGCGAGUACACAGGUGUCACUUCAACGGUUGUCGCAAGGUUUACACGAAGAGCUCCCACCUUAAAGCACACCAGCGCACUCAUACAGGUGAGAAACCAUACAGGUGUUCAUGGGAAGGCUGCGAGUGGCGUUUUGCACGAAGCGACGAGCUGACCAGACACUUCAGGAAGCACACUGGGGCAAAGCCAUUUAAAUGCAGUCACUGUGACAGAUGUUUCUCCAGGUCUGACCAUCUGGCUCUUCACAUGAAGAGGCACAUCUAGAGCAGGGCGAGCACCAACCAAGCAACACAGCGAAGGGGAAAGUUUUUUUUAAAAAGAAAAAAAAAACAAACGCCGUCUCCCGACCAGUCUCUUGGUUGAACUGUCCCAGAGCAGAGUGGCGGGAGUGUGUUCCAGCCAAAGCAUGCCGUUUUGCACCAUACUGAAACCCAGUGCCUCCGGGACCUCUCUUUGGAGAAAGGCGCUCUGAAGGUUGUCUGUUGCGACGAGAGGACAAAAUCAUGGAUGGGAAAGAAUUUGUUCUGAUUUGAGAAGGACUUACAACACACGAAAAAAGACAAAAAAAAAAACAAAAAAAAAAGAUAAAAGACACACAAACAAAAAGAGUGAAUGAUCUGUAUGUAUGGUGCAUGAUGUUUUGGGGACAUCUCCCGGACAGCAGAUACACUGGUACUUUACAAAACUGUCUGAGGUAAGCAUGUGUGCACUGUGAAUGUCUGAGAUUGGCCGACCGGCCCCCUGGAAGGAGAGAAGUCAGGAGGAUUUUUCUGAGAAGCGAUGGAUUGGUGGAUGGUGCGGGGCUGGUACCAAUGUUGCUGUGGACUGAAUGGGUUUCUGGGGGAAACAGUCCGCUUGUGUUUCCCUGGUGGCAGUGUGAGGAUGAGGCAGGGAGGAAGUCCCUGCCUGUCUGUCUGUCUGGCACCCAGACUGGGGGGGGGGGGGUUCAGAAGCUUUUGAAUCCUUGGGUUUGACCAGAGAUAGAAAGAGGGUUGAUGUGUCGCCUUCUGGUCUCUGACCCAGGGGCCAAACCCCCCCCCUCCCGGUCACUGUAUGACAGGAGCUUUUUUUGGUGUUUUUGGUGCAGCUACUAAAUGUGCAAUGUGUUAUGUAGCCUGGUUUAUUAUUUUUUUACAAGCUACAAAGCUCAUUUGUAGUCCAAUUGUAUAAGCUGUGUGCUUAGAGGUAUAACACAACUAUACUAUAACUUCAGUAUCAUAGACAGGUGUUGCAUGGUUCUAGGGUUUGUUCAUUUCCUGUUUCCACUGUAAUCAGGACUGCAAAUAGUUUCAAUAAAAGUGCAGCUAAAAUGCGAACAGUUAAAUGUUACAAUAUUGUACAUAAAGCCUUGAUGAUUUCCUCUUAUUUUUACAACAUCAUCCAUUUCCUUCAUUCUGGUUUUUCAUCCGGCUGAUCUCACCACUGCUUGCUCAUUCAUCCUAUGCCUUGAGGACUAAUUUUGAUUUUUGUACUUUCUUUUCUAUCUAAUAAUGCACUGUUGACCUUAAUGGUGCCUUAUGCAAGUGACUCAGCCCUGUGGCAGCGUUGGUUUUGCUCCUCUCGGGAAGUCACAUUUGUUGUAUGGGUGAUUUGACAAGCUUGAUCAAGGCUCAAUUACAAAUUAAACUCGCACCUCCUUUUUAGUUUUAAUGAAAGUUGCCUGCAUCUACUCCGAUGGUGAAUCGUGUUGUCAAAAUGUAAAUUUUCAGAAAAGUAUCUGUUUUUUUUGAGUCAGAGAAAACAGUGCAGAUGAUGUAUAUCACAUUCAAUUGAGUCAGAACAUGUAAAUAAGACAAAUGCUGUAUGUUUAGAGCACUUCAUUCAUUUAUUAAAGAUGUUAACUACUGUGUAGUAUGUACUCAAGUCCAUCCACACAGCUCUAAGGUACAAAAUUACCAGACUAGAUGAAUGAAAAUGUUUUUCUUCAUAGUUCAAACAAUUCAUACAGAGUGCUGCUCCUCCACCACCAUCACAGGCACCAUCCUCCCCUCCCUGUCCCCACCCCACCCUGUCCCUCCAUCCCUGCAAGUGGGACUGAAGAAAAAGCUAAAGAUUUAUUGUAAUUAACAGGCUGCAGUCGGACAGGCCUCGCCUUGUACUGCCUCUCAGUAAUGAAUUGCUAAAGGCUUUGUUGGCAUGGAAUCUGUCACAGACUGCUGACUGUGUAGGUUGGUUAUUGACCUGUCUGGGGAGCGUUGUUUUAGCCAAGCUGCAACAGUAUUAUGAAAACCACAGGAGCGGGGGGUGGGGGGGUGGGGGCUCUCACGAGGUGGAGGAGCAACCAUUGAUGUCGCACAUGGAAAUUUGACAAGGAAAAAGGAAAAAAAAAGCCCAUGAUGGUAUCUCCCCUAAAAAUGUCUAAAAUAAUUAUAGGGAUUAUACUUAUUACUGCUUCAGGAUAAAGCGAUCUGUGCCACCCACUCCAGAUCAGCGACCUCGCUGUAGGAAUUCGAUGUUGCAGCAAGUCGUACCGUGGCAUGCUACAACAUAUGGAUUUCAGAUCAGCGGGGUGAAAGAGACAGGAUGAGUACAAACUUGAAACUGCUUGCUGCAAUAGAUCUGGGAGUGCUGGCAAGGCCUUUUGUGGGCAAAGAGAGGGAACAUCCAUUCUGCGAAAACGGCAGCCAAUACUGUUGGAGUGGUAAUUGAGCCUUGAUUUAGCCCCGUGUUUGCUCACAUCUCUUACACUUUCCAUCAUCUUUCUCAUCCCACUGCCCCACCUCUUCUGUCACACACACACACACACACACACACAUACACACACACACACAGACACAGCUCUUUGUUCUCAACUGAAUCUUUGUAUAAAAAGAAAAAAAAAAACUUUUGUAAAAUUGUUAUGUUUUUGCUUUCUGAGAUUUUUAUUUGAAAUUGUUUUGCAAAAUUGUUAUAUUUCUGUAUGAAUGUAUUUUUUAUUGGAAUAAUAAGAAAUUCUUAUCUGA